ACGCAAGCGGCCAAGCACUUUCGUCACCAUUCUGUGCGGACAAUCAAUAACAGCUUCUGCAAAGUGUCAACAAAGCCAGCUAUUGAGCAUUUUGGAGGAUAUUUAUUACAGAUAUGGACUCCACAUCGACUAUUGGGGGGUUCAUGAGAACCCUUACUGAGAUGGGUUUCAGUGAAGAUCAGAUUCAAUCGGCAAUGCAAGCAGGUUUCUUCUCUGUACCAGAAGCAGCUGAAUGGCUUUUACAGGGUGGGAGUCCACGGCAUAAAUUAGUCAAGCAGUCUUCACAGCCACUAGAGACGGCGUUCUCCGCGUUCAACCCUCCCAAAGAUGCUCAGUGCUCCAGCAACUCACAGUCUGAAACAACAGGUCCUUCUUUGGUUUUGGCAACCCCCUCUAACACUCCCACAGGAAAUGAACGUCCACCCCUGGAAACACGGAUCAAACAGGACAAGAGUAACUUCCAUGAGCAGCAGAGGCAGCGAGUUGCCCAGGAGGCACGGGCAGAAAGGAGACAGAAAAAACAGGAGCGUGAGUUGGUGUUGAAGAGGAUAGCGGAGGACCGGCGCAGUCAGCAAGAGAAGGCCCAUUCUGAAGCCACUGCAGAGACCUCUCCAUCCAGUGGACAGGGACAGAGACUUGGUGGACUUGUGGAUACAAGCGUGGACAACCACUGUACCCUCAUGAUUCGUCUUCCCUCUGGGGAAUCUUUACGUGAACGUUUCCCUUCAGACACUCCUCUAAGCCAGGUUGUUGAAUACAUUGCUGGUCGCCACCCUACUCUUCCUGCCUUCUCCCUCCUGCAAGGAUUUCCUCGCAAACGCUUCGGUGAAGCUGAGCUGGCCUGCUCCCUCCGGUCUUUAGGACUAACUCCCAAUGCUGCACUAUGCAUACAGACCACACCCCCUGAAACACCCCAGGACCCGCCCAGUCCAGCCUCCCAAUUGGCUGUUGUAGGGCAGCCAGAAGCAGAAUUACAUGAAGAGCCAGUGGGGCCACCCAAUGAACUGCCCCAAGAGGAGGCCAGAGCUUUAGAGGAAAUGGUGGUAGCCCCACCCCUGCCUCAUCAGCUGUGGGAGGAAGCAGUGGGGUAUGCUGGGAUCCCUGGUGUUGGACCUCCACUCCCAGGACCUUCUCACUACUGGGGACGAGGCCAGAAACUGGUGCAAGGUGAUGCUGAAGAUGAAGAACCUUUGGAAAAUGAGGAGCAACCAGAAGAAAUUGUUUUACCUCCUUAUGAUUUCAACGGACUGCCUCGGUUGCCCUUCUUCUUUGAGAACAGGGUGAGAGGGGGACUGGAGCCGAGACAUCACUGGCCAGAACAAGGCAAUAGACUCAGGGAGGUGGAGCCUGUUAAUCCAGCAGCAGGCCCUGAGGAGGGCCGUGCAUUACGAGGGGCUGCAGGUCAAGCUGCAGUGCAGCGUUUACAGAGAGCAGCCCGUCAUGAUGAGCAGCAGGGGACACAUGGGCAGCCCUCACCCCCCAAAAAAGCCUUCAAGACCCCCCGCGUGGCCUCUCUCUGCUCCAUGGCAACCAGGGCCACCGUUAACCUCAUGACAGCUCCCAGCAUGCAGUACAGCAGUAGUCUGGCGUGUUUGACCCCAGAGCUGGCUGAACAGUUGUUGGCUCACAUGGCCCGUGAGCGUCUCCUCCGACCACGUACACUGGAACUUUUCUUUGGCUGCCCGCUGCAGAAGUUUGUCCUAAACUGCUACCCGUACACCACCAAUGAGCUGCUACGGCAACUGAGGGCCUUUUCCUGCCUCAAACAUCUCAGCUUUGUCAACUCGCCACUCAUCACAGAUGCUGGACUUUGUGUAUUGUCCAACCUCUCAAAACUGCAGCAUCUCAACCUGUCCUCCUGUAGCAAGCUAACAGACAGCUGCCUACAGCAUAUCGCAGGACUCUGCAGUCUCACGUUCCUGGCUCUGGACCAGACCAAAGUAAGCGACACAGGUCUGUUGAUGUUUCUGCAAUCAGGCUCCUCUGUGCUCUGCCAGCUCAGUCUGAAUCAAACAGCCAUCACUGAGAGCACAUUGGCAGCGCUGACCACAUGUGUACCGCAGCUACGAAUGCUCAGCAUCAAACACACCAAGGUGAGUGAUGUGUCUGCACUCGCAGAGCUCCGAAACCUGCAGACGCUUCACCUGGAUGGCACAGGUGUGCAGGAAAAUUCUCUCCAGUGCCUAGCAACCCACCCCAGCCUGUCAGCUCUCAGUCUGGCUGGCAUACCAGUCGCAGAUGGAAAUCACACGUUAGAGAUCAUUUCAGGCCUGAGGCUUACCCAGUUGACGCUACCUGGCAGACACUCUGUUACAGAUAGUGGACUCUUGUUUCUCUGCAGACAAACUUUGCUGUUAGAGCUCGAUCUAAAAGAUUACACUCAGCUGACUGACCAUGGCAUUACACAGCUUGCCACCAUGACUAGGUUAAAGAAGCUGUCUCUUAGCAACACUCAGGUGAGUGACACUGGGCUACAGGGAUUGGUCAGUCUGAAAGAGCUGCAGGAGCUGUGUCUCGACCGUACUGCCGUCACCAGUAGGGGAGUUGCUGCCCUGGUCACACAUUUACCACAUCUGCAGGUGAUGGGUUUGGCUAGUACACAAGUGGGUGACACAGUGAUCAGACGGGGUUUAGUUCACUGUCCACAGCUGCUUAAACUCAACCUCAGCAGAACCAGAAUCACAGAUCAUGGUCUGAAGUUCCUGUGUCGUAUGCAGUUAAGUCAAGUGAAUCUAGAUGGCACAGGUGUAACUCUAGUUGGCAUUGCCAACCUGAUCUCCGCCUGCCCUCAUCUUACCAGCGUACGAGCCAGUCAUACCCGUGCCAUACCGCCAGAGCAACAGUCUGAUGAUGAUAAUGACAAUGACAGCAGUGUCAACAAUCACCCACGAUCCUAGUCUUUCCUUUGAACAUCUUACUUUUUUUGCAUCUCAGCGGAAAGAUUCUUUCAAACUUCCUUUGUUUUGGAGAAAAGUGGUUUAUACUCCUUUAUCCAUAAAGUAGCACUACAAUCUCACUUGAGUUCGACAAUCAAGUUGAAAAACUUAGUUGAAUGUUAUUACAAAAAAAACUAUUGUUAGCGUUACGAACAAAGUGUUCAUAUUUAAGCUGCAUUUUUGUCUGUAAAAGAACAUUUCAGUGUGCCAUUGAUGUGCACAUUUUUGCAACAUUUUGCAUUUUUUUGUAAAGCAAUCUUAAUGAUUUAUCAAAAUAUUAAAAAAUAUUGACCACUUGUAAUACAAUAAUAAUAAAAAGACAUUAAAUGGACAUUAAGAGACUAAGGCAUUCUAGUUGCCAUGUGUGGCAAUAGUUUAUUAAUAAUGAAGCUGUUUAUUCUGUCUCACCCAAAUAUUGAAAAUUAACUUUUUGCAUGACAGAUGUAGAAAUAAAUUUUGUACAUGGAAUAUUGCUGGGAAUUUGUGCAUGACCACUUUAAUUCUAUAAGGAUAUUAUAUAUAUAUAUAUAUAUAUAUAAAGAAUGAAAAGUGAAUGAAAAUAGAUGUUAAUUAACUACACUGUUUGAUUUGAUGUGAAUAUAUUUUGAAUACAUUCAUCUGUAUGAUUGAAGAACUAACUGGAAAGUUAUUUUAAACUUGUUUGUGCACACAUUUGCAAUGAAAGUAGAAUUGUUUAAAUGUAGUUUAAAAUGUUUAAUUUACAUAGUUCAGGGAAUACAUGCCAGGCUAUAUGUAUGUAUGUACUAUUUUAUUUUAUUCACAUUUAAAUUUAGACGUUAUUAGUCUAAUGGCAUCAACUAAAUCCAGAUUUAUAUUAGUUUGUUAACUUAAAGUACAUCUGUCCUUAUCCUACACAGCUUAUAUCUAGUUAAAACCUUGAUUAUGAUAUGUUCAGUUGCCAAAUUGACACAAUGUAAUUAAUCAACCGUACAGUUAUGAAGCAAAUGGUUGUUGAAAUGGUACUUGGGAAAAACAAAUGAAUAGUAUAAUCACAGGCAUAUCAAAGCACUGGCAUUCGACUGUUUUUGUAGAUGGUAUAAAGGCUUGCGUUUAUGCAUUUAUGUGCUGUUGAAAAUAUGAAAAAAAAAAAAAAACCUCUCUGGAAGAAUUAUCUAUGCAUUAAAAUAUAUUUGAUCAGUUUCUAAAUUCCACACAUGAACAUACUUGGACUGCACCUCGUUUCUCUGUUUAUAUUGAAGCUGUCAUGUUAGAUAUAAUUCAUGAUAUUAUUGAUAGAAUUU